GAUGAGCUCUUCACAUUCAACUUCAACUUGUUGGUAAACCUUGAAGGAAAGCAGGUCAUCCAUGCUUUAAACAAGACCUGCUCUCCUGCUCUUCGCUGGUCUCCCAGAGAGGUUAUCUGUGAGGUGAACUACAUGGAAGUGUCUGUGCAGAGGGAAGUUGCUUGUGUACCUGAAACAAACGGGGAUGUCUGGAAUGUCACUUUGAAACGUGCGUAUUCCCCAGUCCCCUCACAGUGGCAGGUGAUGUUCCAGAGAGAUGGGGACUUGUUAUCACCCAUGAACCUCUCGGAAGCUCGUAAGCAAGGCUACGUUAUUAAGCUUACAGAUAGAAGGGUUGUAUUGCGUACAGCAUAUGGACAACCUGAGUCAUUCAGCGUCAAGGUGAAUGGUGUUCCAGUAGAGCUCGUCCAUGCGACUCUGCUCUCCAGACAGGGCUGGUUGGUCUUCAUGGUUGACCUGGUGGCUGCUUGCUCCAUGCAUGAAGGACUGUAUGACAGUGGCUACAUAACGUGGGAGACUCCACAGGCGCUGUAUCCGAGGCUCGACAGCGCACAGAUCAGUGUUGGACUCAAUGGGGAACUGAUGAUGCAGUCAGUUGCUGAGAAGAGAGGCUACAUUGUGGACAACCGCAACACCACAGUCCACAUCAGCAUUCCUUAUAAUGCUGAUGGAGGAUACAGGAAGAGCCUUGUGUCUGGAGAACUCUACGAGUACUACAUCUUGCAUCUGUAUGUGGAGCAAACCUCACAGAAAAAGGACCAUAUCGACACUAGACUUCGUUUUCAUGGGACACUUGUCACUCCCCUCCUUCUGCACCCAGUUUUUACUGAAAAUAGAACAGUUCUUGAGGAUCGUACAUUCACAGUGUACCUCGGAGAUGUCCCUGAAGACGUCAAGUUGGCUGCCGUUCAUGUGAACGGACACCUGACAAACGCGAGUGUCCACACCAUUGUGAAAGUUGUUCAACCCAACAACACCCAUGGCUACACUCUGAAGGUGCCUUUUGAUGAUCCUGUUGUGACACAACAGGUAAAAAGACUUUAAUUCUGUCUCCAUCAGCAAAUCCAGAUGUCUGACUGGUCAUACACCUUGUAUAAUUAAUUAAUUUUCUAUCUUCUAGUUCUGCAAAGAAAAUGCAACAUUGCUGUACAGGCUGGAUAUCAAUUAUACACUGACUGUUGAGCCUGAAAGUAACUCUAUUUACCAUGUAGCAUCAGUUAUGACAUUAAUGGA